CUUCGACGAACACAACAUUUAAUUCUCACUUCCAAAUUAUAAGUUUCGUGGUCGACAAGAUAUGGCUCUCAAAAUGAACGCAGUGUUAGUAAUGGGGCUAGCCAUCUUGAGCUUUGUCUCAGUGGCUUCUGCUACAGCUGGAACCGCCACCUUUUACACUGUAUAUGUUCCAUCGGCAUGCUAUGGAUAUCAAGAUCAAGGAACUAUGAUAGCAGCAGCAAGCGACUCAAUCUGGAACAACGGAGCUGCAUGUGGCAAAAUGUACAGGAUCACAUGCACCAGCGGCACCAACAGUGUGCCUCAGCCGUGCAAAGGCGGAAGCGUCACCGUCAAGAUCGUCGAUCGCUGCCCUUCUCCGGGAUGCCAAGCCACCAUCGAUCUCUCUCAGGAAGCUUUCUCUGUCAUUGCUAACCCUGACGCCGGAAAAGUCAACAUCGACUAUGUCCAGGUCUAAUGCUUCUGGAAGAGAAUACUCAAGAAAAAUGAUAAUACAUAUAAGAAUAAUUAAUAACACGUACAUUAGUUACAUGUACGUGCUUCAUGGAAAAUAACACAGUAUCAUUUUCCAUGGACAAUGUAUGGACUGUAGCCCUUAACAUUUUAAUAAAACUAUUGUUGUUAUAUUA